GAUUUGUGAAUUAUCUAUUUUUGGGAAAAAAGUAUAUUCCAAAAUUUCCUUUUUGACGUAAACAAUUAAUUAAGCAUGUGGAAUCAUUCCUUACCUAGAAUGAUAGUACAAAUAGAAAGAUUACUAUGACUCGAUCUCAUGUCUGUCUAUAAUCGAUUUGCCAAGCUGUGGAACUCAAAUUUAUUUAACAUAUUUUCUCAAAUUGUAGGUUUCUCCUAUUUAACUAUAUCAUUUCAGAGUUUCUUUUUGUUUUGAGAAAGAAUUUCAGAAUUGAAGAUAAAGAUAUCAUUACUAAGUGGAAUGGCAACGACAUACACGUGGUCAUGGACGCUUCUCGCCUUCAUUCUGACAUGGAUGGUUUUUCAUCUCAUCAAAAGAAAGAAGGUUGGAACAGAGGAGAUAGAGGUUGAAGCAGAAGAGACGAGAGAUGGUGAGGCUGAUGUCAUCAUUGUUGGAGCGGGUGUGGCUGGCGCGGCUCUUGCUUAUGCUCUUGCUAAGGAUGGGCGGCGAGUACAUGUGAUAGAGAGAGACUUGAAAGAACCUCAAAGAUUUAUGGGAGAGCUGAUGCAACCGGGUGGACGCCUCAUGUUAGCUCAACUUGGCCUUGAAGAUUGUUUGGAGGAGAUAGACGCUCAAGAAAUAAAGUCAUUGGCAAUCUACAAGGACGGGAAAAAUGACACCUUGUAUUUUCCGAAUAACAAAAAGUUUCCUUACGAACCUGCCGGUAGACUCUUACGUAAUGGCCGUCUGGUGCAACGUUUACGCAAAAAGGCAGCUUCUCAUGUCAAUGUGCAAUUAGAAGAAGGAACAGUGAAGUCUUUGAUAGAAGAAAAAGGAGUGGUUAAGGGAGUUAUAUACAAGAAUAGCGCAGGCGAAAACAUAACUGCCUUCGCACCUCUCACUGUGGUAUGUGACGGUUGCUACUCGAACCUUCGCCGGUCAGCCGUCGAUAAUAAAGAGGAAGUGCUCUCUUACUUUGUGGGUUACGUCACGAAGAAUACCCGACUUGAAGAUCCACAUAGUAUGCAUCUGAUUUUUUCUAAACCUUUGCCAUGUGUUGUAUAUCAUAUAACAAGCAAUGAGGUUCGUUGUGCUGCCGAGGUUCCUGCUGAUAGUAUUCCUUCAAUGGCAAAUGGCGAAAUGGUUAACUAUCUCAAGAAUACUCUGGCUCCUCAGAUACCUGAUGGAAAUCUCCGUGAGACAUUUUUGAAAGGGGUUGAGGAAGGACUACUAGAGAUAAAAACAACUGCCACUAAGAGUAUGUCAGCGAAGCCAUGUGAUAAAAAAGGAGUGAUUGUGUUGGGAGAUGCAUUCAAUAUGCGUCAUCCUAUAAUCGCUUCAGGGAUGAUGGUUGCACUCUCCGACGUUCUCAUUUUACGCAAUCUUCUCAGGCCAUUGCCUAGCUUUAGCAAUGCUAAGAAGGUCUUGGAGCUUGUUAAGUCCUUUUACAUCAUCCGCAAGCCAAUGUCGGCGACGGUGAACACGCUGGCGCAUGUCUUCUCAGAAGUGCUUGUCGCUACAACGGACGAAGCAAGAGAGGGAAUGCGACAAAGCUGCUUUAAGUACCUCUCUAGUGGUGGUUUCCGAACAUCCGGGAUGAUGGCUAUUCUUGGAGGCAUGAACCCUCGUCCCCUUACUCUAGUCUUUCAUCUUGUAUGCAUCACCCUCACCGCCAUGGGCCACUUGCUCUCUCCCUUUCCGUCGCCUCGUCGCUUUUGGCAUAGCCUCAGAGUUUUUGCGUUGGCUUUGAAAAUGUUGGGUAAACAUUUGGGGGAUGAAGGGUUGAAAGAGAUGUUGAUUCCAAUAAACGCAGCUUCCUAUCGCAGAAACUAUAUGGCCACGGCCUCUGACUGUUGAUUUAUCAUUCAAAAACCAAGACUGCAUUCGGAGAUGAAAAUCAGUCAACUCAAACAGAAUUUAAUAUUUAAAUAAAGAACUGGUUAUGGCGAGUCUAUAUCCGGUUGAGCCUUUGAUUAGGCCUUAUUGUUUUUUCUUGUAACCAAAAUUGGAUUUGUGUUUCUUAAACCUUUUAUUAAGCCAUGGUGAUUUGUUAUAAUAAUUCUAUCUUUUGAUUCU